CCUCAAAUGAGGGAAGGGAAGAAGUCUCUGCCUGGAGACCGAAGGCCAAUAAGUAAGGAAGGAAUGGAGGGGAGAUUCUGGAUGAGUAUGGUUUCUGCCUUCUGAGAUGGGGGCAGAAAAGGACCCAUAAUUUAUUAUUGAGGUAUGGUCGAGGGAAUUUGUUCAGGAUGGAGAAUGAGAGAAGGGGGCUGUUGCCUCGGAGCCUCAGAGAGGAGGCCAAAGUGAAAGAAAGGCCAGGUCGAGGGCUUAUGUAGAGGAAGAGGAGACUGGCAGCCGCCAAAUUGAAAGCAUCUUCGGCGAAAGAUGACGAAGGAGUUUCUGCCUGCAGGAUUAGCAAAAGGAGACUGACAGCCACCGAAUCGCUACUCAGGGGAUGGAUGGGUAAGGGAAGCAUUGCGGAGGAUAAGAAAUCAUGUGUAGGGAAGAGGGCUUUGAUUUGGGCCUUGUCAAUAAGGGUGGUGGGGAUCACAGCCUUGUGGCAGGAGUCUUUGGACCCUUGUUGCUGGGUGCUUCCCCUCCAUGCUGGCCAGUUGUAACUCGUGGGCGGAUUCGCAGCAAAUAAGGGGAAGGGAAGCAGGAGGCCGGCAAGGGUGAAGAGCUCAUAGGGGAGUUCGAGAGAAUGGGUGGGCAGGCUGUGUCCCGCAGCUGGAACGUCUCCAGAUGCCUCUCCUCCUUGUGGAUGAUAGGUCUAGUGCUGUCAUGGAUUUGUGGAGCUGGGGGAAGCUGGGGAGUCGAUACCUUUGCAUGGCAGCGACUGCUGCAGCAGCAGCAGCAACAGGAACAGCAGCAACAGGAACAGCAACUGCAAGAUAGGUUGCCGCCAGAGCUGCUGGUGCGGAGAUUCGUAGAUAGUGCACAGAGCCGGGGAGCUGUUUGUAAUGACGAGUCGCCCGGGGUAUACUACAUCCGCACUCGAGCGGACGCUACAAAAUGGAUUAUAUUCUUUGAAGGUGAAGCAGCCUGUGGCCAACACUGCCUCAGUGUUCUCCAGGGCGUGAACGCAACCAAGUUGACGGAAUACCAGUCAGAGGUGAGAAAAAGCAGCGCUCCAGCGUAUGAGAAAUAUGCAGCUCAUUUGCAGGUGCUGUUCAACUCUACGACAACCCCCUUGAGAUCUGUACCCUAUGGGCCAUGGAACGAUACCCUGCGUGGAUACAAUGUCCUCUCCGGUAUCGAAAGCGAGAAUCCUCGUUUCUACAAUUACAACCGCGUUCUACUUCGCUACUGCAGCUCAGACUUUUGGUUGGGGGACAUGAAACCUAGUGAGUACUCUCGAAACACAUCGUUUAUGGGGUCCGUCAUCUUCCAGUCGAUCAUGAAAGAUCUACAGGGGUCGACUGGGAUCCGCAAUGCAACGGAGAUCAUAUUGGCAGGCGGCGGGCUUGGGUCGGCUGGUGCAUUGAACCAUGCUGACUGGACUAAGGAACAGUUUGGGAGGGGCAAUCUCACCACGAUCAAAGUCCUUGUGGACGCUUUCUACUGGGUCGGAAACAAAGAACUCGUCGCAUCGACCAUGGCGGUUCUGUUCAUCUCGAAUGCUGUGAUGCGGCCUGAGUGCCGGCCUGGUGGGACAUUCGAGGGGCUGCCAUGCUGCAUGCUCACGUAUUGCAUGGCUUCCACUCAGAUUGCCAAGGAAAUACCAGUGUUUGUUGUCGCAAACGUCUUUGACACAGCCAUGGUUUUCAACGAGUACCUUUCGAACAAUGGUACUUUCCCGGAAGAGGAAGUCCCGUCGAACAUGACCGGGUACCUGGACGUCAUUGGAAGUGCCUAUAGUGGUGCGGGUAAAGUUGAGGCACCCACAACUCCUGAUAUACGGUAUCUUGUGUUCUUGCAGAGUGCGAGGGGGUUUUCGCAAGCGAUGAAGACGACUCUUUUGCGGCCAGAGGUUGAAGGGAGGAACGGCUUAAGCUAUUUCCUUCCUGCUUGCCUGGAACGAUUUCAAUUGCUGCCUACAUUGGAUGUCGGGCAACGGCAAACUCCGGUCGUGUCUGGGAACUUCAAGGCUUUACCUGCCCUCCGGACAUGGGAGGUCGUUGCUAUCCGGAACGAUAGCUCCUCUCCAAAUGCUGCCCCUGACACACAUGGGGAAUUGAUCACUUUGAGGGACGCGAUCACGCUGUGGGCCAAUGCGACAGAUUUCUCGUACAACAACUCCGUGCGGUUAGUGGACACUUGCACUUCUGUGAUGUGCAACCCAACCUGCGGUGGACUGACGUACGACGCGGAGCUCUCCAUGGAUGGAACGUUCUUUGCGGUUCCAUGGGACCUCGUUGUGCCGGUUGUGGCAACAAUCCCCGCAGUGUUAUGUUUUGCGAUCGAGGUCCUCUUGGUCUGGAAAUGGUGCUUGCUGCUGUCCACGCAGCGCAAGCUUCUGAAGAAAGGUAAGGACCAUCAUCGGAAACUUGCUGAUGUGUCCCAGGUGGAGAGCGUCAUAAUCACCUUUCAGAAUCUAAGCUACUGGGUCGACGACAGCAAAGAGGUACAAAUCCUGCACGAUGUGUCCGGCUGGGCAACAGCAGGUCAGCUGACAGCAAUCAUGGGACCAUCGGGAAGUGGGAAGUCGACCCUUCUGGAGCUGCUGAUAGGCCGUCGCAGCUCAGGAGUGGUUGAAGGAAGUCUUAUGAUCAGUGGUUAUCCGUUGUCGCAGAGACGAGCGUGGCUCAAGGCGAACACAACUUUUCUUCAGCAGGAAGAUGUCGGCCUUCCCCAGCUCACGGUUCGGCAAAGCCUGACCUACAGCGCCAUGCUGCGCCUGCCCCGGAAGAUGUCCCUCGCCGCCAAGCUGAUUCGAGUGGAACAGAUUAUUGAGGAAGUUGGUCUCGGCAGCUGUGCAGACACCAUUUUCGGCGGGCCCAACCUUCCAGGCCUCAGCGGUGGCCAGAAACGGAGGCUCAGCAUUGCGACAGAACUCUUAACAUUGCCCUCGGUCAUCCUGCUCGACGAGCCUACCUCCGGUCUCGAUUCCGCGUCUGCAUUGGACAUCAUCCGCCUUCUUUCCCGACUGGCUCGGGCAGGCCGUGUCAUUGCCCUUGCUGUGCACCAGCCUCGGCAGGAAAUCUUUCAGAUGUUUGAUAGGUUGAUCCUCGUUGCUCAUGGCCAGGCCGUAUUUUCCGGCACCCCCACCGAAGCGAUGAACAUAAUGAGGUCUCUGAUGUCCACCACUGGCAGCCCCUACCACUACCAUGAAUCCAGCUCCCUGCCUCGAUCCAUGAAAAGCCCGGAUGUCAUGAACAACCUGGAAACGGUUGACGAAGAGGAAGAAGGCGAGAUGCCGUACGUCAACCCGGCUGACAUGCUGCUGGACCUGCUGCAAACCGAGAGGGGUAAGAUGGUCCUAAGUAACAUCUCGCGAGACCCUCCCUCCGUGCGCCGCAGACCAAGUACAGAUACAUCGAGGAAGAGACAGCAUGCCGGAUGGUUCACCAGACUUUGGGCGAUGGAGGGUCGCAGUUUGGCUCGGGGCUUAUUCUUCUGCCAGCUGCACAUGUUACUGGUAUUCCUUUUAGUCGGGGUGUGGUUGGGCCUGUUAUACAUGAAUGCCGACAUACCGUACGUUUAUGCGAGUGCGUUGGCUGUUCAACUUGCGCUGGCGCCGAUCAUUCUCAGUCCGGGAAUGGCGCAAGUGUUUUUCGAUCUGCUGCCUCUAUACAAUGCGGAGAAGAUGGUGGGUGCGAGCUCCAGCUGGACCUUCAUGCUCACGUACUACUGCCAGAAAGCUACAGUCGGCAACUUUGCGAUUAUGUUUCUUGUCCCUCCCAUUUACUGGAUCUCGCGGAUAAGUCCAAAGCUGACGGAUUUCUUUCUGACGAUCCUUAUACUCAUCCUUUACUUCAUGGCUUUCCUCGCAGCAUUCUGCAUGCUUCUCGCCUUGUCCCCCUCAAGGAAGGAGCAGAUGCUCGGGGCCUCGCUCAUGCAGAUUUUCUUCAUUCUUUUCUCUGGAACCCUGGUUCCGCCGAGUGUCCUUCCGCGAUUGCUGCGCCCCCUGAAAUACGCCUCCCUAUUGUACUACGGCUUCUCUGCAGCCACAGUUACUAACUUUAAGGGUAAGAGUUACAACUGUGACUACUCGCGCAUCGAAUGCACUCUUUACACCGGUGACUCGUUUCUUGCAUCCCUUGGUUUCCAGGAUGUCAAUGUCCAUCGAAACAUGCUUGUCCUGCUCGGAUUCAUCAUCGUUGGCAUGCCUCUUUCCAUGGUUAUCCUGUGGUGGAGGUACCGCCCACGAAACAUGCAAGGGCUGAGGUGGAAUUGCUCAAAGACCUCGGAACCAAAGCUGAAGACGUCGGGACGGCCAUCUGAUCCGAGUGUAGAACUCGUAACCGCAGAUUCGCCUGAACCCCAACGCUGAUAGUUCUCCCAUUUCUAGCUUUUUGUUUUUUGUUUUAUUUCGUUUUCUUUUCUGUAACUUUUUCCUUGUUUGAUACCAUCAAACCUUUUGUUUGGUUGGAUGGACGGGCAAGAAGGGCUAUUUGGCAGCUUGAGGGUAGAUUUGCGUUGUUGAUUAGGUGACUCACUUCAAAAGUCGGGAAUUGUAACGAGGACUGGAUGUUGUCGAUUGCUACACUUCCUUUCACAGGGACAUCUGUAGCGGAGAUAGUUGUGUGGUUGCACUACACAGACACUCCUCGUGAAGCAGCAUGACGGAUAGGAGCGAAGUGCAUGCAAGCAAGAAGACAGGGAAGAGGGGGAGACUUGCAUGGUUGCUCGGCUGAAUUUUGCGCGGAGGAACUCCAUGACCAGAUCCUCGUUCACUGUCACGCCUUCCUCGUGGACUUUUUCAUGGGGAUUUGUCUCCAGGUUCG